AUGGCGAUGGUGGAUUACCUGGUGAUGGGGUUCGGCCUCGCUGCGUGCAGUGGCUCGCUGUGCGGCGGCGUGUUGAUCGCCUUCGACUCGCCCGCGCCCGAAAAACUCAAGGCGGAGGAAGCGGAACCCAUCCGCAAUGGCGAGUCGCUCAUGGACCCGCCCUGUCUACACCGCAUAUCGCGCCCGUCUGGCGCCGCCGCGCAUUCCUCUGGCGGCUCCGCGCAUUCAUCUGGCGGCGCCACGCGUCCGUCGCUCACUAGCUCCCGGCCGGCAAGCGCGCCGAUUCGAACCGACCGAUCUGAGGCGGAACCGACAGCGCGGAUGCCUCCCUCGAAUCACGGCGACGAGCGGAAAGAAACGCGCCACGUGGCUUCAGCCGGCCACCGCCCGCAUCCGAUGCGGUCGCGCUCCUACGUAUCGUCUCCCGCGGAGCUUCAAGACGCGGUUCCCCCGCUUGAUGCGCCGCGAGAUGCGGAGCGGCGGAGAAGCUUUGACGGGUUGGAGUCGGAGAGGGCCGACUUCCCCUCGCACGCCCCCCCGCGUUGUCCCCCCGCGUACCCUCCUUCCGCCUUCCCCAGCCGGCCCGCGGGCGCGCCCAUCUGCCCGCUCGCGCAGAGGCAGCAGGGAGGCGCGGGGGAGCAAACGGCGCACAGGCAGCUGGAGCAGGGGCUGAGGACGCUGCCCAGACUUAAGACAGGGCAAUUGCACAACAGCAGCGCAGCUGGAGCAGGGGCUGGAGAUGCUGCCCAGUCUCACGGUGUGAUGGGAGAAGGGGACCGAGUGUUGAGGGAGGACAGGACGGGAUGGGCGCAGGAGGCGUAA